GCAGCCAGGCUGCAGCUGUGGACGUGUCCACCUCCUGGGUGGCUCCAUUGGCGCUGGCCCGCACUGGGGGGCUCGAUUGGCUGCCCAGCUGGCACUGACAUUCCCUGGGAGCCUGGUGGCAGCCGGAGGUAAGCAGCCAUGUGCAGUCCCGCACUCUAUAUUUAACAGCUGUCGCAGAGCAGGAGGGGAGGCCGGGAGCAACGGAGGCUCCAGGCUUCCGUCUUUGGAGAGAAGGGCCUCACAGCCAGGCUGGCACCGGCCCUCGCUGGGUGAUUGUCGCCAUGCCUGCCUCCCAGAGCCGGGCCCGGGCCCGGGACCGCAACAACGUCCUCAACCGGGCCGAGUUCCUGUCCCUGAACCAGCCCCCGAAGGGGCCGGAGCCCCGCAGCUCGGGCAGGAAGGCCUCGGGCCCCUCGGCACAGCCCUCAUGCCCUGGCGAUGGGACCCGCGAGCGGCGCCAGUCUCAGCAGCUGCCCGAGGAGGACUGCAUGCAGCUGAACCCCUCCUUCAAGGGCAUCGCCUUCAACUCCCUGCUGGCCAUUGACAUCUGCAUGUCCAAGCGCCUGGGGGUGUGCGCCGGCCGGGCCGCGUCCUGGGCCAGCGCCCGCUCCAUGGUCAAGCUCAUUGGCAUCACAGGCCACGGCAUCCCCUGGAUCGGGGGUACCAUCCUCUGCCUGGUGAAAAGCAGCACGCUGGCCGGCCAGGAGGUGCUCAUGAACCUACUUCUGGCCCUGCUCCUGGACAUCAUGACGGUGGCUGGCGUGCAGAAGCUCAUCAAGCGACGCGGCCCGUUUGAGACGAGCCCCAGCCUCCUGGACUACCUCACCAUGGAUAUCUACGCCUUCCCCGCCGGACACGCCAGCCGCGCAGCCAUGGUAUCCAAGUUCUUCCUCAGCCACCUGGUGCUGGCGGUGCCCCUGCGCGUCUUGCUGGUGCUCUGGGCCCUCUGUGUGGGCCUGUCUCGGGUCAUGAUCGGCCGCCACCACAUCACCGACGUCCUCUCUGGCUUCGUCAUCGGCUACUUCCAGUUCCGCCUGGUCGAGCUGGUCUGGAUGUCCUCCAACACCUGUCAGAUGCUCAUCUCCGCCUGGUGAGCCGUUCAUCUGCGGCUCCGGGGCCGGGGGUGGCCCGAGGGGCAGCAGGAGGACAUAGGGCUGGCAGGGGAGGGGGGACCAGGCAGCCCCAGCCCAUCUCCCCGUGGGCCGGUGGAGGCUGGUGACCUCAGGUGGGCCCACCAGUGACUGGCACGUCCCUCCCAUCACGCUGGGUGCCCCCUGCUCCUUCAAUCAGACCCUGAGUCCCUCUGUGGACGGACUGGGGCCCAGCCGUGCGGAUAGCCCUGCUCCGCUUCUGCUCUGGAGGUACCAGGUGAGAACCGGGAUGGCGGGAGAGGGGCCGAGUCUCAUCUUGUCCUUUCACCAUCACGACUGUUGAGCUCCUGGCUGUGCCCACCUGACCACAGCACACCGCCCAGCGAAAUGCCCACAACCCACCACCCAACACAGGUGCCAUUAAUGGUCAUCGAUAGCUUAGGGCAACGCUUUCCAAAGGGCGCCCCACCAGACACCAGCCUACAAGACACGCUGGGAAGAGAAAUGGUCUUGUGGUCAAAUAACUUUGGGAAAUGCUACACACUCUUGGACAUUCACAAGGGCUGGGAUUGUCGUAAAGGCAAAAGUCCUGUAGAAGAGCUUCCGUGGAAUCUUGUUUAAUCCAUGUUUCCUAAACUUAUCUGACUACAGAACCCUUUUCUCAAGGAACAGCUAUUAACCCCCGCCCCAGGGAACCGCAUUUCCCCAGACGCAUUUUGGGAGAUGCAGCCCAGGAGCGGAAGGGCCUGAGGCGUGAGCUGGCCUCUCCCAGCGCUGGGCCCCAGAGCCCGGGGAGACCAGGUGUCUGUGCCACCGCCUGUGGAAAGCCCAGGGCCCACGGGCAUCGGUGCCGCUUUGGCCCCCAGGGGCCGGACUCCGUGUGACCUAAUAGGUCGUUUCCAAGUCAGCCGUUCUGGACGUGCACUUCAUGUGACAAUACAGGUGAUGUGCAAACAGGCCCUCUCCUGUGUGUUCUUUUUCCUCGUUUGAUGCAAGAUUCCAGGUGGGAGAGUCCCUGUUAACAUGGGGGUGGGGAGUGAUUUCUUUACCCCCAGUCAGGCCACGGUGUCAGGUGGUCAGGGGGCAAUGGGCUCCUAGGCGUUUCCAGGCUGCCUGGUCCCUUCUCCCUGAGAAGCCCUGCUGGGGCUCCCUCCAUCCCCGGGCCCUGCACUGGCCACCCUGCCCAGGGCCUGGGUCGUGAUUCGUUUGGAAAAAGCCCUCACUGUGGUGCUGAGGGGCUCUCCCCUGGGGGCCAAGACCCUCUCACUCCCCGCUGACCCAGACCCUGCCCCCAAGGAAGUGGUCGCUACCAGGACAAGUGGGCUCAGGGUGAGGUAGACAUUAGCACCGACAGAGGGUGGGUUCGUUUCCUGUCUACCAUAAGGAGGAACCACAGCCAGCCGCGUGGCUUAAAACAACAGGAGUGUGUUCUCUCUCAGUUCUGGAGGUUAGAAGUCCAAAUUCAAGGUGUCUGCAGGGCCACGCUGCCUCUGAGACUCUGGGUAGAAUCCUUCCCCGCCUCGUCCAGCUUCCGGUGGUGGCCGGCAAUCCUGGCUGUGGCCACGUCACUCCAACCUCUGCCUCUGUCGUCACGGGGCAUGCUGCCUGCGUCUGUGUCUUCCUCCUCUUUUUUUUUUUUGGCUACACGGUGCGGCAUGUG